CUGAAGUUGAUCUUCUGAAUCUUCUGACACUUGCAGCUGCUCAACCAUCUUUUUCUGCUGGAUCGGAACACUUGCGUGAUAAAAUUAGUCUUUUAACAGCCGAGCAAAGUAAUUAUUUCCGAUAGCCUAAAUAUGCUUUCGAGAGCCGCUGUCCUUGCUGCCGCGAAAAAACCAGCCGCACUGGUUCUAGUCCGUGGAUCAGCUUCUUCGACGGAUCGGCCAGUGAGACCCGAGCAUCCAGGAAAAGUACGCCUCGGCUUCUUGCCGGAGGAAUGGUUCACUUUCUUCUACAAUAAGACCGGUGUCACUGGUCCAUACGUAUUCGGCGCUGGUUUGUUGACUUAUUUGUGUUCGAAGGAAAUCUACAUCAUGGAACACGAGUACUAUAAUGGUCUAUCACUGGCUAUUAUGGCAAUCUACGCUGUUAAAAAAUUCGGACCGGCCGUGGCAGCUUAUUGCGAUAAAGAAAUCGAUAAAAUUGAGGGUGAAUGGAAACAAGGUCGUGAAGACAAUAUCAAAGCACUUGGCCAGGCUAUUGAGGACGAAAAAAUUGAACAAUGGCGUGCCGAAGGACAGACUAUGUUGAUGCAAGCUAAGAAGGAAAAUGUUGCCCUGCAACUGGAAGCUGCUUUCCGUGAGCGGGCUAUGACCGUCUUCAACGAAGUAAAAAAGCGUUUGGAUUACCAAGUCGAGCGCCAGAAUGUCGACCGACGUAUUUCCCAAAAGCAUAUGGUGGAUUGGAUUGUGAGCAAUGUCGUGAAAUCAAUUACACCGGAUCAAGAGAAAGAGACUCUCAGUCGAUGCAUUGCUGAUCUUAGUGCCAUCGCGGCUAAGUCCAAGUAAUCAGGGGAAGGAAGUCAUAUAUUUUGCUUGUAGCAAGAGUAUAGUGGGAAGUGCGUCAUAUUAAAGAACAAAAAUGUACACUACUUUGUGCUCAUUUCAAUGGACAUACGAAUAAAGAUAUCCACGAUGUGAAAUAGAAA